CCGCCGCCGCUGCCGGUUACGCCAGCUCCGCCGCCGCCCGCUCUGAUUCUGCGCAUAGGCAGCCCCCAAGCCUGUCAUUCUGCAAAAACACAGUUUACUCAACACACCACACACACACACACUCGCACACACACGCGCGCACACACGCGCACCCUAGCCCCCCGCGCACACGCACGGAGGGCGCGAGCGAGGAGCCGACGCGCACACCCGGCGAGCCAAGUUCCGCAGCCUGGCAUGGCUUCUGGGGACCUUUACGAGGUCGAAAGGAUUGUAGACAAGAGAAAGAACAAGAAAGGAAAAUGGGAGUACCUCAUCCGAUGGAAAGGCUACGGGAGCACAGAGGACACGUGGGAGCCAGAGCACCAUCUGCUGCACUGUGAGGAGUUUAUCGAUGAAUUCAACGGGCUGCACGUGUCCAAGGACAAGAGGAUCAAGUCAGGGAAGCAGGCCAGCGCCUCCAAGCUCCUGCGCGACAGCCGAGGCCCAUCGGUGGAGAAACUCUCCAGUAGACCUUCAGAAUCUGGUAAGAGCAAGGGGACUUCUCAUAAACGGAAGCGAAUCAACCCUUCCCUGUCCAAGCCGAAGAAAGGGUAUCCAGCCAAGCCCCCUGCGGCAGGCGACAGGGCCGCCAAGACGGUGUCUUACAGGACUACCCCCAGUGGUUUGCAAAUUAUGCCCCUGAAAAAGGCUCAAAAUGGAAUGGAAAAUGGGGACACUGGAUCCGAGAAGGACGAGAGGCACUUUGGAAACGGGUCCCACCAGCCCGGCUUGGAUUUGAAUGACAUUGGCGAGCAAGACCUGGGCGAGUGUGAUAUUACCCAUGCGGCACUGGCAGAGAACGGGCUCGGCUCUGCUCUGACCAACGGGGGAUUGAACAUGCACAGCUCGGUGAAGAGGAAGCUGGACACGGAGAAGGACUACGUCUUUGACAAGAGGCUCAGGUACAGCGUCCGCCAGAAUGAAAGCAACUGUCGGUUUCGGGACAUUGUCGUGCGGAAGGAAGAGGGGUUCACACACAUCCUGCUGUCCAGUCAGACCUCAGACAACAACGCGCUGACCCCCGAGAUCAUGAAGGAGGUCCGGCGAGCUCUCUGCAACGCGGCCACAGAUGACAGCAAACUGCUACUCCUCAGUGCGGUGGGCAGCGUGUUCUGCAGCGGCCUGGAUUACUCCUACCUAAUUGGCCGGUUGUCCAGUGACCGGCGAAAGGAGAGCACCCGCAUUGCAGAAUCCAUCAGGGACUUUGUGAAGGCCUUUAUCCAGUUUAAGAAGCCCAUCGUGGUGGCAAUCAACGGGCCCGCCCUGGGCCUGGGUGCCUCCAUCCUGCCCCUCUGCGACAUCGUGUGGGCCAGCGAGAAGGCCUGGUUUCAGACCCCCUAUGCCACCAUCCGCCUCACGCCCGCCGGCUGCUCCUCGUACACCUUCCCCCAGAUCCUGGGUGUCGCGCUGGCCAAUGAGAUGCUCUUCUGUGGGCGGAAGCUCACUGCCCAGGAGGCUUGCAGUAGAGGACUGGUGUCCCAGGUCUUCUGGCCAACGACGUUCAGCCAGGAGGUCAUGCUGCGCGUCAAGGAGAUGGCGUCCUGCAGUGCACUGGUACUGGAGGAGUCGAAAUGCCUUGUCCGCAGCUUCCUGAAAUCGGUGCUUGAAGAUGUGAAUGAGAAAGAAUGCCUCAUGCUGAAGCAGCUCUGGAGUUCCUCCAAAGGCCUGGAUUCCCUGUUCAGCUACCUGCAGGACAAAAUUUACGAAGUCUAAAGGGCCCUGGCUCACUUGCCACAAUGAUCAAGGGCACUUGACUUCCAGCUUUGCCCUGUGUUUCAGAAAUCGGAGCCCAGUGUAAGCCCGGCCAAGGAGUUUGUCAAGGUGUCUCUAUACCUAGGGUUGUGUAAAUUUCUUUGUUUGUGUUGGUUGUUCUUCAUUGGUUUGACUUUGUGUAACAGAUGGGAAACGCAGUAUACUUGGCCUCCCCAGUGUCCCUACCCCCCUGGCUAGAGAGCUAUGAGGGCUAUAUCUUCCCAGGCCUCUGCCAGGUACUGUUCUGUCCCCACUUGUUGAAAUGCACCAUCCAAGUCCAGGAAGGGGAAGACCAGUUUCCCCAUUUUUCUGACUCAGACUGCGUCUGCACAGUGCCUCUUCUGGAGACUGGGCCAGCAUGCUCGUUCUGGUUAAGUGCAGAUCAGGGGAAGGGAGACGGUCCAUCUUAGGGAAUUUCCAGACUGAAGAGCAAAACAAUUGUGUAGAGCCAGCCUCAGUCUCCUCUCUGAUGCAAAUCUGUAUAACUUUUAGGGCUUGGUCUUAAAAUCCACCCGAGUG